CGACGCGAAGCGAGGCCGUCGACGGCCGGGGAUAUCGAGGCCGCCGGGCAGCCCCGGGAACUAAGGGGCAGCCCCAGGACAAGAUGGCGGUCCAGGGCUUCAAGGGCAGCCGCGCUAUUGAGAGCGAGGAGGCCGAGUACAAGGGCUUGGUCCGAGGCCUGCUCCUAGGCUGCGCCCUCCCGUCGGUGAUGCUCUGCGUCUUCCUCUGGAACACGGGCGUCUCCACAAAUAUCGUAAGCAAAGACGUGGGCGCGCCCAUCGAGGUCAUGGAGCGCAUGAAGGCCAUCGAGGGCCUCGAGCCGAAGGCCGCGCGGAAAGUUUUCUUCAGAGGGGCCAAUAGAACUGUGGUGCGGGACCCGACGAACCCCUUCAACCGGGGCAAGGUCGACAACUCGCUGGCGCAGCAACGGUUAAGAGCUUUUCUCAACAAGACUAAGGCAAAAAGCGCGCCCAUGCCAUGGGACAUUCGGGAGGCGAGGAACGAGAAGCGCAUGUCGAAGACGACGCCGUCCAAGAAGUCGUCAAAGGCUCCGUUGCCUCCGCAUGUCCCUCCUCAUGUGCAAGCGGCCCUGUCGGCGGCUCGCGGCAAGCGCGUUUUUGAUGCCUCAACACAGGGCAAGGGCUUCGCUCCUGGCUCUGUGAGAACGCCGACGGCCGGCACGAAAUUGUUGACCAUGUCGCGCUUCCAGAAGCUCAUAGAUCAAAAGUGUGCCGUGCUCGUGGGGUUUUACAACAGCAAGGACGCGGAGAUGAGUCGGGAAUUCAGUCUCGUGUGGGACAUGGUGGUGCGUAGUUCGGCCCUGAAAUACACGGGUGCCUUUGUGGAUGUCGCUACUUCCGGUGGUGGCGAGAUCGCGGCCAACGCGUCGGUCAUCAAGGUCGAGGGGUCUACGGUCAAGAAACCUAUAGGCACGCCGUCGGUGAUCGCCUACUUCGUGCAGGGCGCUUAUGCGGAACCCUACGCGAAAGUUGUUUUGCGGGAUAUGAAGGAGGCCGGUCCCGUGUCUGGUCGCGCGGGCAAAGAUUCGAAGUCCGGUGUGGGCAGGGACGCGCUCGCCGCCUUACGUAUCAGACACGAGGCCAUCGCCGCGCUGACGAAGAAGCUGUCCGGGGAGGUGGAACGGAGGGGUUUGGCGCUCGAUGCGAAGGGCUGCUACUUGAAACAGAAGUCGAUGGAGGAAUAUGAUAAAGCUGAGAAAGCUAGGGCCAAGGAGAAGGAGAAGAAGAAGGUGCGCUCGCGGUGUCUUCGACGCGCGCCGAUCGCGGCGAUGGCGUGGUGGUCUUCGUCGCAUCGACGGCGCCUCGCGCCGCCCGCGCGCCGUCACGCGCGCGCCGCACGCAGGAGGAGAAGGCCGUCAAGAAGGAGGAGAAGAAAGAUGAUAAGGCCAAGAAGGACUCCAAGGACUCCUCCAAGAAAGACGACAAGAAGGACUCCUCCAAGGAUGCCAAGAAGGACGACAAGGGCAAGAAGGACGACAAGAAGAGUGACAAGAAGGUCAACAGCGAGAAGGACGCCAAGGCCAAGGUCCUCACGGGCGCCGUCGAGCCCUGAUCUUUUAGACCGUAGCAUAUCCGGUCCCGAGUAACUUCGCACGUAGUA